AUAACAUGGCGAAGACGUACGAUUACUUGUUUAAACUACUUCUAAUCGGCGAUUCAGGCGUCGGAAAGACCUGCGUGCUAUUCAGAUUCUCAGAAGAUGCCUUUAACUCAACGUUCAUCUCCACCAUAGGUAUUGACUUCAAGAUCAGAACAAUAGAAUUAGAUGGGAAGAAGAUUAAACUACAGAUAUGGGAUACAGCUGGGCAGGAGCGGUUCCGAACCAUCACGACAGCCUACUACAGAGGAGCCAUGGGAAUAAUGUUAGUAUUUGACAUCACCAACGAGAAGUCAUUUGACAAUAUCAAGAACUGGAUACGGAAUAUAGAAGAGCACGCAUCAGCAGAUGUGGAGAGGAUGGUCCUUGGGAACAAGUGCGACGUCAAUGACAAGCGACAGGUGUCCAAGGAGAGAGGAGAGAAGCUGGCACUGGAGUACGGUAUCAAGUUUAUGGAGACCAGCGCAAAGGCCAACAUAAAUGUGGAGAAUGCCUUUUUGACCCUUGCGAGAGACAUCAAGGCAAAAAUGGACAAGAAACUGGAGGGCAACAAUCCACAGGGCAGCAGUCAAGGGGUAAAAAUCACAGAGCAGCCCAAGAAGAGCAGUUUCUUCCGCUGCACGCUCCUGUGAGAAGGAAGAGGAGUGUCAACAUCCACCGUUGCCUUAACUAUGUCCCCACUGGACAGAACUGGACAGAGCAUCCUCAGAUCUCCCCACUCUCUUUUUUCCCCACCCUGCUUCAUUCUUUUUUUUCCUUUUCCUCCCCCUCAUCACCAGUCUUACAGAAGAUGACAUUUUGAUGCCCCCUUGUUUUGUCAGCCUGAUGGUCACCGGAGCAGUCCCUCAUCAAAGCUGAGUACCACCUUCUCUUUCAGUGUGGCGUUUUUGUUUUCAACUUUCAAGACAAACUGGUUGUCAGAGAAUUGACUUUCUCUUGAUGCUUGUGUAUUCAUUUUCUGCUGCUUCUGUUUGAUACUGGUAAUGAAAUAUGUUGUUGUUUUAAAGCACUCCUUAGAGUCUUAAUUUCACAGACUCAAUUCUACAUCUGUUAAAGUUUUUAAGGACUGCUGUUAAAGAGCAACAUCUUCUCUUGUGAUGCACAGACUCUAUAAUGUAGAAAGUGAGUGAUGCUCUCAGUGAUUUGUCACUUUGAAACUGAAGGCUCUGAAACAUGUCUUUUUAUCCCCCAUUUACAAGAUAUUACAGGUGUCAUCUUCACAUAUCCUUCUGAUGUCUUAUUGGGUUGUCUUAAAAUAUGAGUGGUAUCGCUUAAGGGAAGGCUUAUUGCUUGGCCACUUAUCACCAAAAUGUACCUUCCUCCUGACAAGAUGGGCUGGUGUUUUGGGUCAUCAGCUUAAUUUCAUACACAUAUUCCAUUUGGCAAAUACAUGGUGCCUAUGUGAAGAAGGUGGUGUAAGUGUGGUGCUAGCUGAUUGUUGCCAGCAGCUUUCUGGUUUUGGAAUGGUUAAACUAAACUGUGUGCUGACUGUAGUGCAGGCACUCUAGUGUUGUGUGACCUGGAGAGUUAUUUAUCUGCUUGUGGCAUCAUGUGACUACAUCCCCGGCUCUGAUCCUCAGUAUGAAACAAUAGGGCCAGUGUAAUUUGCUCACAUCCAUUAUUGAAUUUAUGCUUCUUUUUUCACUUGGGAAAAAUCUGUUUUCCUUUUCUGGUCUUUUUUCAUAGUUUUUAGUUGGUCGCUUGAACAUUCCAUUCCCGUAGUGAACGUCUCCAAGUGUGCAAUGCUGUUUAGUAUAAUGUGGAAUUCCCAAUGAGGCCUAGACAUUUCUGUCUGUCUUAAGUAUUCAGGUGGCUGUUCUGGGCUCAGACUCUUGACCAAGUAAGCUUUUCUCAGGCCACAGAGAUUUCCUUUCGUAGUCGCUGUGUUCUUCGUCUUAGCUGCUGCGUAUUCUAAGCAGCAAGAUGACGUUGACAGGUGAAUAGUUUUUGGUGCACUUGAGCUGGUGAACAAGCAACACUUGUGUCAUUGGCAAUAGCCAAGCUCAACUCCAGGAGGCAGAAAGGUUACAUAAUAGUGGUAACUCAUAAAGAAGUAGUUGUGGUGAUGAAUUCAAUGUUUUUAUACCUUUUAAAUUUCUUGCAGUUAACUGCUCCAAGGGGAGAAUUUCCAUACAACUAUCUUCUUGACCUUGGAAAGGGGCCGUAUGGUAGCAGUAUUUCUGGAGUGAAAUGAAAUGAAGCACCAAAAUUGACCAAGUGUCCUUGUAUUUUCUUAAUGCUUAUGCACUUUUUUCCAGUUCUUUUUACAAAAUGUGUGUAGUUGAAUUCAAAACUAUUGUUGUGUGUGUUCAUGGGUGGAUUUAGCUGAAAGCACAUGAAACAGGUUUUUGCAGUUGUCACUUUUCAUUUUAUCUGCUGUGCCCCCCCCCCACUUCUAAUUCAUGUUGAGGAGAGCACAAGGCUUGGCUUCUGGAAAACAUCUUGGCGCUGGUAUUUUAUUUUCUAACUUGGUAAGUUAGUAUAAUUGAGAUAUUUGUAUUCUGUU